UUUGGAUUAACGGUUCCUGGCGGCGGCGGCGGCGGCGCCUGAACGGCGAAAGGGAAGCCCAAAGAAAACGACCCGGUACUUCUUACGCUGUGUCUCUUGUGAAGAAUGUUCAAUAGUGGAGAGUGAUUUUUUUUUAAUCGAAUACAAGUCGUUACCUCUGGAAUCCCAGUGGAUGUCUUGCUAAGCCAAGUGGAACUUUGCCCGUUCUUUUCUCAAGUUUUCUUUUGUUUGUUUGUUUUGCUGUUGUUGCUUUAUUUUUUCCUUGCACAGGGAGAAGAAGUAAAAUGAAAUUAGGCAAAGUAGAGCUCUGCCAUUUUUUGCAGAUACUAGCUCUUUUCCUCUGUCUUUCUGGGAUGAGCCAAGCAGAACUGCCAAGAUCGGGAUCAAAGCCCUACUUCCAACCUGGGAGAUCACGAACCAAACGCAGUUGGGUGUGGAAUCAGUUCUUUGUCCUGGAGGAAUACAUGGGAAGCGAUCCUCUUUAUGUAGGAAAGCUUCACUCUGAUGUUGAUAAAGGCGACGGCUCCAUCAAAUACAUCUUGUCAGGAGAGGGGGCAAGUUCCAUUUUCAUUAUUGAUGAGAACACAGGGGAUAUUCAUGCUACAAAGAGGCUUGAUCGGGAAGAACAGGCCUACUACACCCUCCGUGCACAAGCACUAGAUAGACUGACAAAUAAACCUGUGGAGCCCGAGUCGGAAUUCGUCAUUAAGAUUCAGGACAUCAAUGACAAUGAGCCUAAAUUUCUGGAUGGUCCUUACACUGCCGGAGUGCCUGAAAUGUCUCCUGUGGGAACCUCUGUGGUACAAGUAACAGCAACCGAUGCAGAUGACCCUACAUAUGGCAACAGUGCCAGAGUGGUUUACAGCAUCCUCCAAGGUCAGCCUUAUUUUUCUGUGGAACCAAAGACAGGUAUUAUCAAGACUGCACUUCCCAAUAUGGACAGAGAAGCAAAAGACCAAUAUUUGCUUGUCAUUCAAGCCAAGGAUAUGGUUGGUCAGAAUGGGGGUCUUUCUGGGACCACAUCUGUCACUGUUACCCUGACUGAUGUCAAUGAUAAUCCUCCACGAUUUCCACGCAGAUCGUACCAAUAUAAUGUUCCAGAAUCACUUCCUUUGGCUUCAAUGGUGGCUAGAUUAAAGGCUGCAGAUGCUGAUAUAGGGGUUAAUGCUGAAAUGGAAUAUAAGAUUGUGGAUGGUGAUGGCUUGGGUGUUUUCAAAAUUUUAGUGGACAAGGAGACGCAAGAAGGAAUUAUUAUGAUACAAAAGGAGCUGGAUUUCGAAACAAAGACCAGCUACACGCUGAGAAUUGAAGCAGCCAAUAAGCAGGUAGAUGCCCGCUUCUUAAGCCUUGGACCAUUCAAUGAUGUGACAACAGUCAAGAUUAUUGUGGAGGAUGUAGACGAGCCACCCAUGUUUAGUUCACUUUCGUAUAGCAUGGUGGUAUCUGAAGCAGCCAAAGUAGGCACUAUUAUUGGUACUGUAGCAGCCCAUGAUCCAGAUGCAUCUAACAGUCCUGUCAGGUAUUCAAUAGAUCGAAAUACAGACUUAGAAAGAUAUUUCAAUAUUGAUGCCAACACUGGGGUUAUUACCACAGCAAAGACAUUGGACAGAGAGACAAAUGCUGUUCAUAAUAUUACAGUUUUAGCAAUGGAAAGCCAAAACCCUUCACAAAUUGGGAGGGGAUAUGUGGCCAUCACUAUCCUGGAUAUUAACGACAAUGCACCUGAGUUUGCUAUGGAUUAUGAAACAACAGUCUGUGAAAAUUCAGAACCUGGCCAGAUCAUUCAAAGAAUCAGUGCCAUUGACAGAGAUGAGCCACCUAAUGGUCAUCAGUUUUCCUUCAGUUUGGUAGGAGAUGCAACAAACAACCACAACUUCACAUUACAAGACAACAAAGACAAUACAGCAACUAUACUUACGAGACGAAAUGGCUUUCGAAGGCAAGAACAAUCCGUUUAUUAUUUGCCAAUAUUCAUUGUAGACAGUGGCUCACCUUCCUUGAGUAGCACCAAUACACUCACGAUUCGAGUCUGUGACUGCGAUGCAGAUGGCAUUGCCCAAACGUGUAAUGCAGAGGCCUACAUCUUGCCAGCUGGACUUAGUACUGGAGCACUCAUAGCAAUCCUGGCUUGCGUGUUGACACUGCUAGUGCUUGUCUUGCUGAUUGUUUCAAUGAGGCGACGGAAAAAAGAGCCUCUUAUUUUAGACGAAGAGAGAGAUAUCAGGGAAAAUAUAGUCCGAUAUGAUGAUGAAGGAGGUGGAGAGGAGGAUACCGAAGCAUUUGAUAUGGCUGCCCUGAGGAACCUCAACGUCAUUCGUGAUACCAAGAUCAGGAGGGAUGUGACUCCAGAGAUCCAGUUCUUGAGCAGACCAUCUUUUAAAAGCAUCCCUGAUAAUGUUAUUUUUCGGGAAUUUAUUUGGGAAAGGUUAAAAGAAGCUGAUGUGGAUCCCUGCGCUCCACCAUAUGAUUCCCUGCAGACAUAUGCAUUUGAAGGAAACGGUUCAGUGGCUGAGUCACUCAGCUCUUUAGAUUCGGUCAGUUCAAACUCUGAUCAGAAUUAUGAUUACCUCAGUGACUGGGGGCCUCGUUUCAAACGGCUUGCAGAUAUGUAUGGAACUGGACCAGAAAAUUUGUAUUCAUAGCCUUUGAACUUUUUUAUGACAAUGCACUAAAGGAAAAAGGAAAGAGAAACUCAGUAUCUGGACUAAGAAAAAUCUGUAAAUAUUUCUCCAUCUUUUUUUAAACUUUUUUUUCUUUGACUCAGUGAAGCUUAUCUUAAUUUGAAAAUUGUCCAAGGAACUGCACUGAACAACAAAUAGUGAGCAUCAAAUGGCAUUUUGGUAAAAUUAAGAUGCUUGGCCAUAUACAAAUAGAUAGCAACCCUCAUAUCUCAUAUACCUGCAGAGGCAAUUAACCUCUAAGAGUAAGUAACUGCACUGUGACCUCAAUGAGCCAAUGAUACCCUGUAGAUGCCUUCUGAGUUUUGCUGGGUUGAGACUUCAGAGUCUCUGCUUAGUGAAGGAAUGGGGAACAAGUUCAUUUACCAUUUAAAAUAGUAUUACAAUAUAUUGUAUACUAUUAAUGCAAGGUUUCAUCUUUCAUUUGCAGUGUUGCAUGCAAGUUGCUGGCUCAAAACAAUCCAACACAGUGACUUCUAUUUGUUUCAAAGGCUACUAAGUCCAAAAAAAUCUAUAUCUGUAAAUAUCUGGGUAAUUCUGAAAAUAGACUGCAGUUCCUAUUCUGAAAAUCUGCAAAAUAUGCCAUUGCCUUAUUACAAUUGUUUGCAGGAAACGUGAGUUUGAAAAGAUGGAACGUGAUUCUCACAGUUUUGUGAUGCCUAUGUAGGUAUGGGGGGAAAGUUGCUGUCUAUAUCUUGAUUAUUAUUAAUAUUAAUAUGAUGUCUUCUGAUUCAUACAGAAGUUUUUUUUCAUUUUUAAAAAAAUAAAAUGUUGACAUGUAGAGGUAUGUUCGUUUUGGAGUUCUGACCUCCAUUUACAUUCAGGUUUGUUAUAUGCAUUGUGGUGUUAGAUACUUGGGAACAUGCUGUUUUUUCCCUCCAGUCUCAGCUACAUGAAGGAAAUGAAGCAUGGAAAUAGAGAAAUUAUAGUAAAGCAAUUGAGCUCGCUAUUCAUCUCUCCAAGAGGAACACUGCUACAAGGACACAUGGCUGUCAUUGUUCUUCUGAGCCAUUACAAUGUCUGAGAUUUUUGAAUAAAGUGUUUGUACUUUGAAUUUUCAAAGGAGACUACAGAUGCAGCCAGGAUUGUCUCUAAUGGAAGUUUUAGUUUUUCAAGGUCAUCUGUUCUAUGUGCUUCGGCAAUUUAAACAAACCUGCUCCUUCUAUCAAAUUCCCUACCUCUUUGCUACUGUGGAAUCACAGAAAAGUACUCUUUUUACAUUUCUUUCAUAUGUUAAGCAGCAUGAUAUGAUUAGCACCAAUUCUGUCUUCAGAUACUCACAAGUCACAGAAGCAUUUUUCUCCAGGGAGGUCACUUCAUAACGCAUCAUUUCUAUACUGGUUCAGGUGUGCCAAACUUGAAGGAUGAAUACUGCAGUUCAUUAAAAUAAUAGUAGGGGGUGGGAGGUUGGUGCAGGAUUUCUUAGAAUAUGAUAACUUUUAUGGUUCAGGCAAUAUUUAUAAUUUAGCUGUUAUUAGAAAAUAAGACAUGGAUUGAAGUAGAAUAGUGCUUUAUUUUAAUACUUUGUUUUCUUCUCUCUCUCUCUCUCUCUCUCUCUCUCUCUCUCUCUUCCCCCUCCCUCUCUUUUCUUUAACAAGGACCAGUUUUGAAAACAUUAAUUAUCGCUACAGCUCUUGUAGCAAAAACUCUAGAAGAUAUUAUGAACUCCCUAGAAUGGAGAGAUUUGGAGCAUGUUCUUAUAUGAGCAUUUCUGAAUGAAGAAGCAAAUGGCUUGACUCUUACCUAAAUUUAAUUUAUAUAGACACAUGAGCUAGUCAAGCCAAUUCUUAUAGGCAGAUAAACAAAUAGAAAAUCAAAUCAGGGAGUAAUUGCUGAAAUUCCUAAUAUGCUCUGAAGCACUUUAAAGAAGAAUGGUAGGGAUGUGUAUCCCUUCAGAUGUGAUUCCAAAACAUUCAGAGCACACAAAAACAUGAAUGUCCAUGACUUUUUAAAGCAGCCACAUCUUUUCCCCAAGAUUGUGUGGUAGUUUGAUAUAUAUGACUUACAGACAGAUACCAUAUUUAUACAAAGGGAUAGUAUCAAGAUCACAUGAAGCGUUAAUACUGCUUUACACUACAUUGUUAAGACUACACUUAGAAUAUUAUGUCUGGUUUUGGUCACCAUGAUACAAAAAACUUAUUGAAACUCUACAAAGAGUGCAGAGAAGAGUAGCAAAGAUGCUUAGGGGACUAGAUGCUAAACCAUAUGAUGAAGGAGGGAACUGGGAAUGUCUAUCUAAUGAAGACAAGGACUGUGGGUGACAUGAUAGCAGUCUUCCAAUAUUUGAGAAGCUGUCUCAGAGGAGGGGAAUCAAUGUAUUAUCCAAAACACCUGAGAACAAGACAAGAGAUAACAGAUGGAAGCUUAGCAAAGAGAGAUCCAACCUAGAAUUAAGGAGAAAUUUCCUGUCAAUGAGAGUAAUCAGUGGAAUGGCUUCCUCCAGAA